ACAACAAUAUGUUUAUCGUAGAUGCCCUUAAUUAUGACAAGACUGAAUUGGCAAAGACACAUGAUUCUCUAUUAUCCAUGUUGACCAGUGAGCAGAGGGAUGCAUAUGAUAAGAUUAUGGAAUCCGUUCUUUCAGGUUAUGGUCGUUUCUUUUUCUUAUAUGGUUAUGGGGGUACUGGAAAAACAUUUAUAUGGAAAACAUUGUCUGCUGCUGUUAGAUCAAAAGGUUUAAUUGUAUUAAAUGCAGCUUCUAGCGGAAUUGCAUCACUGUUAUUACCAGGUGGAAAAACUGCACACUCAUCUUUUGGAAUCCCUAUUGAGAUUAAUGAGUUGUCUACAUCCAACUUUAAAAAGGAUAGUCUACAGGCAGAGCUAAUUUCUGAAGCCAAGUUAAUAAUUUGGGAUGAGGCACCAAUGAUGAAUAAACUAUGUUUUGAAUGUGUUGAUAGAUUUUUGCGAGAUAUUAUGGAAAAGAAACAUCCGCUCAACAAAUACAAACCGUUUGGUGGUAUAACAGUGGUUCUUGGCGGUGAUUUCAGACAGAUAUUACCUGUAAUCAGGAGAGGGUCAAGACAAGAUAUUGUUUCUUCGGCAAUUAAUUCUUCAAAAUUAUGGGCUCAUUGUACUGUAAUGCGACUUAAUGUGAAUAUGAGAUUGGGUGCAUCAUCUAUACCGGCUGAACAAAAAGAAAUUGCAGAUUUUGGUAAAUGGAUACUAUCAAUUGGUGACGGUGAUGACAAUGCAGAUGUAGAUGGUCAGAGCAAUAUUAAAAUCCCUGAAGACUUGCUUAUAACUGAUACUACAAAUCCGUUGAUGUCUUUGGUCGAUUUUGUAUAUCCAAACUUUCUGGAUAAUAUUAACAAUCCACAAUUUUUUCAAGAAAGAGGAAUUCUUGCCCCGACUCUUGAAUCAGUUGAGUAUGUUAAUGAUUAUCUUAUGUCACUGAUUCCCGGUGAUGAGAGAGAGUUUUUAAGCUCUGACUCCUGUGUUCGAUCAGAUGAAAAUUCCGAGAUUCAAGGAGAUUGGUUCACAACAGAAUUUUUAAAUGAUAUCAAGGUUUCGGGGAUUCCUAAUCACAAGUUGAAACUAAAAGUGGGAUGUCCUGUUAUGCUCCUGAGAAAUGUUGAUCAGGCAAAAGGUUUAUGUAAUGGUACGAGGUUAACAGUGACCCACCUAGGGAAGAAAAGUAUAAGUGCUACGGUCAUUACAGGAAAAAAUGCGGGGGAUAAAAUAUUUAUUCCUAGAUUUGAUUUGCUACCAAGUGAUCCUGGCCUACCAUUUAAAUUUAAGCGUAGGCAAUUUCCAAUAACUCUUUGUUUUGCAAUGACCAUCAAUAAAAGUCAAGGCCAGUCUUUAUCUCAUGUAGGCAUUUAUCUUCCGAAGCCCGUUUUCACUCACGGACAACUUUAUGUUGCUGUCUCUCGCGUUACAUCUAGAAAGGGAUUGAAGUUGUUGAUUUUGGAUGAAGAUGAUAAUAUUUGUAGUGAGACCACAAAUGUUGUCUAUCGCGAAGUUUUUCAGAACGUAUAAAGAUUUCUAAACUUUUCAGUUCAGACUAUUAUGAAUAACAGAUGACUAUUAUGAAACACGCUUCAAAAUAAUAUGUUGAAGUUUCAAAUAGUGUUGACAAUUGUUUUAUUUAUUUCUCCUGUUGAAUCGUUUUUUUUAUAAGAAAACAUUUAUAUUUUGUUAAGGUGGAUUAUGUAUAAGUGGUAUACACAACCAACUACAGUGAUAUAAAAAUAACUUUCAUCGAUAUUAUGCGAAGAUGCAUCGAGAUGUGUGAGCUCAUGUAGCACAAAUCCGUUAUUACUUUAAAUGAGAUUCACCGUUUGAUGAUA